UAUCCCGUCAUGCCUCGCGCGAUGAGCGAGUUAGAUACAACAAACCCCACAUGUGAUCUCACUCCGUGUCGCGAACCGGAAUAGCACGGACCUCACCAUGAGCGCCCCGACUCCCAUUGUCCUGCGCGGAGAUGCCACCCUUGUGGGACAGAACUUGUUCGAUAUCUACAAGACGGUGCGAGGAGAAACUCCCCUCCCGGAGGAGGAUCUCCUUGCCAGGUUCUCAGCCGACGUGCCGCUCGGGAACCUCAGCGACAACGAGCUUUCGGAGCGGCUGGAGACCCUCACAGGACAAGACACCGUUUUCCUCCUAGCCAUGACAGGAAUGGACCCCAAAGCGCACGAAACCAUCGUGCGCUUGGCCCACUUUCUGAUCCUGGCGGCCAACGACACUGUCGCCCCCAGGCAGCAGAUCCAGCCGUCCAAGGCCAGCAAAACCGCAGCCCAGGCAGUCGCGAACCUCCUGGACCCUACCCACGUCCCGCCCCGUGGGACAGAGCGAGCAACAACAGCAGCGGCGUCGAAGACAGACGGCGCCUCUUCCUCUGGCCUCCCACCACCAGCCAAGAAAGCAAAGAAGAAAAAGCCAGCCCCACCGGAGGAGGACUCCAGCUCUGGUGACGAGAGUGAUCUCGAGGAUGACUCGCUUCGACGGGAGUUAGACAAGGCAAAGGAAGCAUGUCUAGACCCCCUCGUCCAUCGCUACCCCGCCAAACUUCACGGACCAUUGUGUCGCCUGAAGGAGAAAGCCAUCAGGGUGGGAGCUAAAAGGAGCGUUGUGGAGCGCUUCGAGAACUUAGCAAACUUCGUGCUCGAAAACUCCUCGAACGAGGGGAUUGGAGAAGAAGUCAGGAUUCUCCUGAUGACAACAUCCGAGCGCCGAUUCAUGGCAGAGGCCAAGAAAGCAAAGGCGGCGCUCGCCAGCCGCAACCGCCAGCCGUCCUACGGUCAGCCUCAGAGCCACCGGGGCCCGCCACCACCAGGAGCCUGGGGACCGCCACCACCAGGAGCCUGGGGACCGCCCCAGGGCCCACCCCAGCCAUACCGACAAUGGGGACAGGGCUCGGGCGCCGAGGGAUGGGGACCACCUCCUCGCCGGUCCUCGGCACGCCCGCCACGCAUCCACAACUCAGACAGGUGCUUCACGUGCGGGGAGGUUGGCCACUGGCGAUCCGACUGCCCCCUAGGCCUCAACCCGAAGAAGCGGCGGUGAACCGAGGACGGGACUGGUCGACAGACCUGAACUCUAAAAGUGUAACGAAAGAGCAUACAUAAUGACUCUGGUAGAUUAGUAAGCACAAGAAAGUCAUGUAGAAAGUUAGAACACGAAGAUUAAAGAAAGAAUGAUGCACAUACACACAUGUCC